AUGUCGUACACGAGUAUAGCUCGAUCUUAUGCCAAUGUCAACCAGCAAAUGCCAAAGGAGUACUGGGACUAUGAUAAUUUGCAAGUUCAAUGGGGUGUACAAGAUAACUACGAAAUAGUGCGAAAAAUCGGUCGCGGAAAGUAUUCAGAGGUUUUUGAGGGGGUAAACAUCACGAAUAACGAAAAAUGUGUAAUUAAAGUCCUUAAACCAGUAAAAAAGAAGAAAAUCAAGCGCGAGAUUAAGAUUCUCCAGAACCUCGCUGGUGGACCAAAUAUCAUUUCGCUGCAAGACGUUGUGAGAGAUCCACAAUCCAAGACUCCAUCACUUAUCUUUGAAUAUGUCAAUAACACCGAUUUUAAAGUCUUGUACCCGAAAUUCACCGAUUACGAUGUCCGUUUCUAUAUUUUUGAACUUCUGAAGGCAUUGGAUUUUUGUCAUUCAAAAGGAAUCAUGCAUAGGGAUGUUAAGCCUCAUAAUGUAAUGAUUGAUCAUGAAAAACGCAAACUGAGGCUAAUAGAUUGGGGUUUGGCAGAGUUUUAUCAUCCUGGCACAGAAUAUAAUGUGCGCGUAGCUUCAAGAUAUUUCAAAGGUCCCGAAUUGCUGGUUGAUUUUCAGGAAUACGAUUAUUCGCUUGAUAUGUGGAGCUUAGGUUGUAUGUUUGCAAGUAUGAUUUUCCGCAAGGAACCAUUUUUCCAUGGCCAUGAUAACUAUGAUCAAUUGGUAAAAAUUGCAAAAGUCCUUGGGACGGAUGAGUUAUUUGCAUAUCUUGACAAAUAUGAUAUAGAGUUGGAUACUCAAUAUGAUGACAUUUUGGGAAGAUAUCCACGGAAACUAUGGCAAAAAUUCGUCACAUCAGACAAUCAAAAAUUUGUUUCCAAGGAAGCCAUCGAUUUUCUUGAUAAGUUGUUACGAUAUGAUCAUCAGGAACGAUUAACACCAAAGGAAGCAAUGGAACAUCCAUAUUUUGAUCCUGUAAAACAAGGGAACGGCAAUCGGGCGUAG